GUCAAUAAUUUCAAAUCUCAAGGUGGUUUUGAGUACAUUCUGAAGGUUGCUGUAGAAAGAGAUGGUAAUAAGGAUUCUGUUAAGAGCAACAAAGGAAACGAUUAAAUAAGAGUUGGCACCCCUUUAAAACGUUAAACACGCCACCGUGCGUAAGAUCGACAAAAUUUGCCCCCCACAUUUUUCAAGAGCACAGUCACGAGUAGCUAGUGAAUUUCAACGGUUUUCAAGUUGAAUAUUAUUUGCUUCAAGUGUUGAUUUAUAUGUAAAGUUUUCUGCCGUCGUUGUCGUUAGUUAUAAGUUAAAAAUGUUCUCAACGAAAUUGGAAGUAGACAAACAUGUGGAAAAUUGCUUGAAGAAGAUAAAUAGCGAAAAUGAGCGAAAUUUGCGGUGCAUUGCCUUCGCCAAAUUAUAUUUCAAGGUGGCCGAUUAUGAACAAGCCAGGAGGUAUGUUUCUAUAUAUCUUGGAUCCAAACCACUUUCUGCAGAAGCCCACCAACUUCUUGGCAAAAUAUUGGAGAAACAGGGCAAGUUUGACGCCGCCUUUGAAGCAUAUAGAUCCAGUUUAGAAAUUGAUUCCAAACAAAAUAAUGUGAUUAUGAAAGUGUGCGAAUUACUCGCAAAUGAAAACGUAAAUUUCGACGUAUCCAGCGCUAGGUUUUUCUGUGAAAGAGCUCAAUCUAUAGACCCAAACAAUCCCCUAAUAUGCACGUUAAAAGAAAAAUUAAUAAUGCUAGAAGGAAAAGAUCCAGAUGACGUGUCUCGUUUAUUAAAAAAAGAGUUAGAAGCUCGUCCGACUGAUAUCGAUAUUCAAGUACGUUUGUUGCGUCACUUUUUACAAAACAAUCAAAUAAAAGAAGCUUACAAACACGCUUACGAAAUUGAGCACGCGAAUUUGUCGGUGUUUAUAAAAAGUUUUAAGUGGUACAAAACGAUUGCGGAAGUUUUGGUUAAAUACCAACAGGAUAAUUAUUCAAAUAAGAAUUUAAAUUGGGAAUUUUGGAUGUUAUUGGUUUCCGUGUUAGAUAAGCUGGUUUAUUUGAAUUUAGAUGAGACGAAUAAUUCAAAAACGCCGAAUGAAUACGUUGGUACCGUUUUCAAUUUUGAUCAAACGCUUAAAAUCGCUGUUGAUAAUAUUCGAAAUUGCCCAGAAAAACAAUUAUUACAAGAAUUCUUGAAUCAUUACAGAGGCCAAUUAUGUUUUCAUUUGAUUACGUUGAUGUAUAAACAAGCGAAAAAUGGACUGAUUAAAUAUAAAGAGGCUUAUCGAAUGUGUUUACCACUUUUAUUUGCCGCGUAUCAUACGCAACCCGUUGAUUUACAGUGUUUAUGGAUUAAUCAUACUUCGGAAUCGAAUAAACAAUUAGUGAAAAGAUGGAAUCUUGAGGCUUCUUAUAGAUGUUCUCAAAUUGGGCAUAUGUUAACUUCUUUGGCGAAGGAUAGGAAAUCAAGUUUUAUCGAGAAAGCUAACCAAUCAUCUUCAGGAAUGUGGAGGGAGCAGUUUUUUAAACAACUUUUUGUUACUCGAGAUCAACAAUCAAAAUUAAAAACGAGUUAUUUCGCAACUUGUCCACAAUUAGUCGAUUUAACGCUUAGAUUACCGGAUAAAUCCGAUAUUGAGAAAUUCGAUCAAGUGGCUCAACUUGUUAACCCGGAUUCUUUACACCAUUACAUCUGGUUGGGUUUAAAUCAAGAUUUAUCCAAUUUUAAACUUUCGGUUUUUGAUGGAUUGCAGUAUUCCAUUAAAAAUCUUAAUAAUUGUUCUGCGGAGUCGUUAACGAUUUUAGAUAUACAAUCUUUUCUUUUCGCUUCGAUUUUAUGCGCUCAGCAACAAAUUAACGAACAUAAACACAAUAAUAUCUAUUAUUCUUCCGAUAAACCGACUGUUUUACCCGCGGUUAUUACCCAGCAAUUCGGGACUGUCAACCAAACGAAAUGGCUAGUUUCCGCUUACAAGAUGUUCAAAUGCGAUUAUGGCGCGAAUUUUAGUGAAGUACGUUUGACGCUUAUUAAAGGUAUCGAAACGAUACGCUGCGUUGGAAAUCACGGAUUGGAUGUUAAGCUGUUGGUUUUAUUGGCGAAAACGUUUGCAGAAAAAGCUAAAGUUUUAGAGAAGCAAUCCGAAAUUGAAUUUAACGAAGCGCGCGCUGAAGUUUAUUGGAAAACCGCUUUACCUUUAUUGGAAAAGUUGAAAAAUAAUCAAGCCAUAUUUUAUUCGCCAGGUCGGCUUUUUGAAUACAAAUCAAAAGAGAUGGCAUCAUCCGAAAUUAUUUCCUAUAUUGACGAUGGGAGAUUAUUCAUUGCGAUCCAACACAUGAAAAAGAAAGAUUACGAAAAGGCGUUGCAAUUGUUCCAAGUUUUAAGAGAUCCUUACGCGAGUUAUUAUCUCGCACAAAUUUACAAAACGAAAUCCGAAGAACAAACCAGUAAGAACAAAGAAAAUUUAACGUCCGAAAUGCGUAGCCAAAACAUUAUUUUAUUAUCAAAAGCUAAAGAUUGUCUUUAUCUAACAUUCGACCGGUUAAGAGAUCCAACUGUUAAUCAAAAACAUCCAUUAAACGCAAUAUUAGGCACGGAAAUUGAUAAAAUCGAAAGGAUGCUAUCCAGAAUUGAUCCAGACACAUACAACAGAAACGAAUGUGACGGGAUGUCGGAUGAAAAUUUAUCUUCCGUGGGUAGUGUCGAUCAUAACAAUUACACCAUGUGGAAUAACAGUUUUUUGAAUGGUAGUAUGAACGCGACGAAAAAUGAUAUUCAUCAAAUGAGCACCACUCCAUUAAGAUUGGACACAACAACCAGAAGGGAAGCACGACCAAGCCCUGAAAGAUUAGAUGCGCAAUUAAAACAACUCCUAGCGACAAGAGAUACAAGUUUAAAUCAUAUUAUGGAUCAAAAUAAGUUUAUGGUCGAAUCACAAAAGAGUUUAGUAGACGCAGUUAAUACGUUUACAACAAAUACUGUGGAAGAAAUGCGCAUAUUACGCACUUCCAUCGAUGAUUUGAAACAUUCCAUUUGUGACAUUCAAAGUUUAUCUGAUCAAAUGGCCAAAAUGAGGAAGGAUAUUGCCGAAUUGAAGAAAUCUACAACAACUAAACCAAAAAAUACCGAAUUAAGCGAAGAAGAUCUUUACGCCCUUUACGAAGAAUGUAAUACUGAACUUAACAAUGCCAAUAUAGUUCCUUCACUAAACCAGAACUUUUAUCCAAAUAUGGGAAAAAUUGCGGGAAAUCCAUUACAAUAUGGAGCUGUUGCUGCUGCCACAGCCGCUUUAUAUCCCGGGAUGUAUCACCCAAUGUUACCGUAUCAAGGAGUACCUUUACCUCAACCUGGAGCCUUAACUUAUGGACCAGACGCUCAAUUGGCCGAUUAUCGAAACUUACAAUCAAGUUACUCACAACCUUCUCCAUUAGCUCAAGGAUUAAAUCACGUAGGAUUACCAUUACCUGGAAUGCAUCAUACCACUUUAUCUCAACCUGGAUUACAAAACACGCUUCAACAGCCAAACCUACCAGCAACUUUACAACAGCACCCACCACAAUUACAACAUGUUGGUUUACCCCAUGCAUCAUUAUCACAACCGGUAUUACCACAAACGAUAAUGCCCCCUCAACAUUCUGUCCAAAAUAAUUUACCUCAACCGCUUCUUCAACCCUCCACCUCUUCUUUGAGUCAAAUAACCACCAGUUUAAUAGGGAGUGGAUUUUCAAGUAGUAACACGACUUUGACCGGUUCAGCUUAUUCUUUGGGUACAAACCCAGCGACAUCUUUAACUGUGUCUAGUAAAGCCCCUCCAGUCAAUGUUGUAAUAACUUCAUCUGAUCCUUUACCAUCAACAAACACAAACCCUCAACCGGUCCUUUCUGUUACAAUUCCACCACAGCAUUUAAAGGGGGGGGUUCAAAAAUCGCAACAACCUCAUAAUUAUCAAAUUCAACUCCCGCCCGUCACUACAAUUGUAACGCCAUCAGUGAUGAGUCAAACAGCCCCGGUUGUUGUGACCCAAGCUAUCCUUUCCAACGUAGCUCCCCCAGUAUAUUCAGCCGUCGAUAAAACUCCUCAGAAAAAUACUAGUUUGGGUUUUGCAAUUGAAAAGUCCUUAAAUGAAAGUUUUGGUGCAGGCGGAGAAUUGGAAAAUCAUGAUUUAAAUAAAAGUUGCGUUUCGUCGAAUUCAGUGGAGGAAUACGAUCCCUGCCCUGAUUUUAAAGCAAUCAUACCAUUACCUGAUGAGGUCCCAUUGAGUACUGGAGAAGAAGAUGAAACUGUUUUAUUCGAUGAAAGAGCGAAAUUAUAUAGGUUUGAUCAAGGUACAAAAGAAUGGAAAGAAAGAGGAGUGGGGAUAUUAAAGCUGCUUAAAAAUAAAUCAGGAAAAGUUAGGAUUCUAAUGAGGAGAGAUCAAGUACAUAAAAUAUGCGCAAAUCAUUUUAUUAAUAAAGAAAUGGUAAUUUCGCCUAUGAAAAAUACUGAUAAAGCGUAUUUUUGGGCGGCCAACGACUUCGCCGACCAAGAAAUUGUGUUUGAAAAGUUUUGCGUUAGAUUUAAAACAGCUGAUGAAGCGCAUAAGUUCUACACCGUUUUUGAAAGUGCUAAAGAGUUGAUACCUGAUAAUACUCCCAUUAAAAAAAGUGAUGAAAAAGGCGAUUCGAAAUCUUGCGAAAUAUCAUCAACGCCUAAAACAGAAACGCCAAAACAAUCAACAAUUUCUUCAUUAGGAGGGUUUAAAUUUACGAGUACUCCAACAUUUUUACCUAAAGACAUACCAUCUCCGAAAGAAGUGGUCAAAUCUGAACCAAUUAAAUCUAGUCCAUUUACUUCUUUCAGUUUCACCAAACUAGCAAUAUCUUCGCCCAACAUUAAUAUUAACAAUUCAUUUACAACGACUCAGUCAGACACUAUUAAAUCAGUACCUGAAAAGAAGGAGGAUACCACAGAAAAAAGUGAUUCUUUGGUUGAAGAGUACGAACCGGACGUUGUUUUUACACCAGUUAUUCCCUUACCUGAAUUGAUAGAUGUGAAAACAGGGGAAGAAAACGCGGAAGUACUUUUUGAUUGUAAAUCUAGAUUAUUUAGAUUCGAUGCGGAAACUAAACAAUGGAAGGAAAGAGGUAUUGGACAAAUGAAAAUUUUGAAAUUUGAUAAUGUGAUUAGAUUUGUUAUGCGACGCGAACAAGUUCAUAAAGUUUGCUGUAAUCAUCAAUUAUUAAAGAGUAUGUCGUUCUCUCUUAUGCCUCAAACCACCAAAAUAAUAUCGUGGUGCGCUCAAGAUUAUUCCGAAGGCGUUCUACAAUCAGAACUGUUUUCGUUAAGAUUUAAAACUGAAGAACAAGCGCAAGAAUUUUUACAAGUUAUCAAACAAGCUACGGAAAUGUUGGACGAUAACAAUUGUGUAGCAAAUAGCGUUGAAACGGUUGAAAAGAAGUCUGAUAAAAAAGUUAAACCUGACAACGAACCUAAAAAGGACACCCCCACUAAGCAGAAUUUAAGUUGGAGCGAAAAACACAAACCAAAGCAUGGCAGUUGGGAGUGUAAAGUCUGUUACGUCAUUAAUGAUGGAAAAAAGAACUUGUGUGCAGCUUGCGAUACUCCCAAAAAUGAGACGAAGAAAACCGAAGCGAAUCCUUCGCAAUUUUCGUUUGGUGUGAAACCGGAAGAAAUCAAAUUUGGAUCUCCAUUCCAAGCUCCAAAAACUCCAUCACAACAACAAAGCAGCGGUUGGGGUAACGCUUUUAAGCCUGCCGCAGAUUCAUGGGAAUGCCAAACGUGCUUAAUACGUAAUAACAAAGACGAACUAUAUUGCGUUUCCUGUGAAACACCAAAAGAUAACACUGUACCUAAAAAAGAAACCAAUAAAGGUGUUAAUUUAGAUACACCUGGAAUGAAGUUUUCAUUUGGAAUACCACAAUCUACAACUGAUUCGACAGUUUCUUCAACGACUUCCCUAACUACUACACCAAAAAAUGUUGCCAAUAUCCAACCAUUAAUACCGCAACAAAAAAUUAGUUGGGGAAAUGCAUUUAAACCCCCGGCGGAUUCUUGGGAGUGUUCGAGUUGUUUGGUUCGGAACGCUAAAACCGAUCUUUAUUGCGUUUCGUGUCAAAAUCCCAAAGAUGAUACGGUUCCCAAAAAAGACAACACCACCAACAAAGGUAUCAACUUGGAAACACCUGGUUUAUCAUUUAGUUUUGGAAUUCCCACCACUUCAACCACCGGCGCUUCGUUUUCCUUUGGCUCACUUGCUACUACAAAACCCGGAUUCUCAUUUGGGACGAACACAACAACAGAUUCACAAAAACCGGUUGAGUUUAGUUUUACUUUAAAACCAGAAGUCAAAGAAGACGAUAAAUCCAGCACCACUGAAGAAUUUGUAUUUGGAUCGCCAACCAAACAUAACUUCGAUUUUACGCCAAGGUCUCCAAGAAGACAAAGUAGUGGUCCAGGCGACGAUGACUCAGAAGAUUAUUUGGAAGAAGAAGAAGAUAAUAUUUACUUUAAACCUGUUAUUCCGUUGCCAGAUAAAGUUGAAGUGAAGACUGGCGAGGAAGACGAGGAAGUUUUGUAUUGUCAUAGAGCGAAAUUGUUUAGAUUUACUAAUCGAGAGUGGAAGGAAAGGGGAAUUGGAGAUGUUAAAAUUUUGAGGGAUUCAAAAACUGGAAAAUUAAGAGUCGUGAUGCGCCGUGAACAAGUACUGAAAAUUUGUCUGAAUCACAUAUUAACUGCGGAAAUUAAAUAUAGCGCGAAAGAUGAAAAAUCAUGGUCGUUUGCAGCCGCUGAUUAUUCAGAAGGAGAAAUUGAACACCGACAAUUUUGUCUCCGUUUCAAGAACGGAGAUAUCGCCAAGGAAUUUAUGACCGCCAUACAAGAAGCUGUCGAAGUUAAAAAAAUUGAUAAACCUGAAAAGAGUUCUGAAAAUAACACAAAGUCUGAUGAGUCUGAUGUAGAAAUUGUGUUUGAGACAACGGUAACGCCUGAAGAAGAACAAGAAGCGAUUAAACUUGGUUUACCCCGCAAAUUUAUGGCUUAUCGUCAAAUGCCUGAUUGUACAUGCGAUGAAUGUAAAAAGGAUGAUGUGUCGUUAAAAGAUAUUUUAAAAAGUAAAGAUGAGCAAAAUUUAGAUAAAACCCAAUCGACGAAUACGUUUGGUUCUAAUACAUCGUUCUUUGGAACGCCUUUAAGCGAUAUGUCGCGAACGGAUUCUAUCUUUCAAACACCUGUAUCUGACGCUCUGCUGGCAACACCUACAUCAACACCACAGGCAGCGGAGCAAAUUAAAAGAAAUCCUUUUAAUACAGCAAAAUCAGAAACAACCUUAAAAUCUCUUUUAAUAAAACCUGCAAUUUUGAAUGUUAGCAAGUCUGCAAGUGAGAUUAACUCAAGCACAUCAUCUACUACAGUUGCAAGUCCUAAACCAUCAUUUAAUUUUUCGUAUAAACCGGAUACUUCAUUAUCGACCUCUUCAAGUUGUUUCUCUAAUUUGAAUCCUUUAACAACAACACACGUUUUUGGUUCGAAUAAAAUAUUUUCGUCAACAACACAACCUUCAAGCCAAAUUUUUGGAGGAGGUAGUAUCUUUGCAAACCCACCUGCUAAAACGUCAGAACAUGUUUUUGGUAAUACAAGCUCAAUUAGUGGUGGAUUAUUUAGUAAUGUGUUUGGUGGAAAUUCCAAUUCAACUGCAUCAACACCACCAACAAGCACAAUUUUUCAGUCGUCCACUCCUAAUAUUUUUGGUAGUAAUUUCAAUUCAAGUGGUACACCUACAUCGGUAACAACCACUACAUUUCAAUCAUCCUCUACAAAUAUCUUCGGUGGUUCUGGUAGCAGCAAUGUUAAUCCUCCGACGGAUAAAAAAAUAGAAACGUCAAACACAGAAAAUAUUUCUACAAUUUUUGGCAAAUCCGCUUUGGGUGCGAAUACACAAGCCAAUUUAUCUUUUGGAUCGAUUGUCGCUCAAGAAGCACCAGUUAGUAAAGAAGAAAAGAAGUACGAUGGUGGUUUACCAUUUAAAACAGAUCCAAACUUUACCUUUACCGUUUUGGCAAAAUCUGCAGAAAAUGCAUUUGUACAGAAACCUUCAGAAGACGAAAACCCAUUUACUUAUCUUGGAGCAGGAAAGCCAGUUUUUCAAUCGGCCACUAAUCCAAAUAAACCAUCGCAACCAAGUAACCAACAACACCAUAAAACAGAAGAUGGAGAUCACGAAGGAGGCGGUGAUGGCGAUGAUGAAGAAUAUGAUCCACAUUUCGAACCAAUUGUUCCAUUACCAGAAACUAUUGUUAUUUCAACUGGGGAAGAAGACGAAGAAGUGUUGUUUAAUGAAAGAGCGAAAUUGUAUCGAUAUGAUAAUAAUACAAAAAAUUGGAAAGAACGUGGAGUUGGACAAAUGAAGAUAUUGCAUCACCCAAUCAAUUGUACUUAUCGUUUAUUAUUGAGACGAGAACAAGUUCAUAAAGUAGUCCUUAAUCAAUUAAUAACAACCGACUUGGAUCCACAACCAAUGUCUACAUCAGAUGUUGCGUGGUGUUGGUUUGGAUACAAUUUCACCGACGACGGAAAAAAUCUUGAAAAUUUAGCGGUAAAAUUCAAAACAUGCAAAUUGUCGCAAACGUUUCGUGAAGUAGUUCAGAAAGCCAUAGAUUCGGUCAAAGAAAAUCAAGUCAACAAGAAUAUUCCGACGACUGUUACGGGAUUUGUUGAAGAUAGCGGUGGAUAUGAAGAAGAACAACACACCGAAAGUAAUGACGAAGAUGAUUAUGAUGAGGAUGAAGAACGUUCAAUAAUGUUCCGGAAUAAAUGCGAUUUAUCGGAACAAGACUCGUCUGGGAAAUGGAUACCCCUUGGAAGUGGUGAUAUAACUGUUUCUUACGACCAUGAAAUCUUUGGGGCCAGAAUUCACUUUACCCAAGAUGACGUAGAGCUUAGUAACACCAUGAUUGGAAUGAAUACAGUUAUGACUAUUAAUGAUACAAAUUGUUCUUGGAGAGCUGUUGAAUGGGCCAAUCAAAUAUUCGAAUGGAGAACUUUACAAGCAUCGUUUUCAAAUGAAAAUGACGCAGAAACAUUCCACUUGAGUUUUAUGGAGGGGUUAGAGUAUGCACAACAAAGUGAUAUCGUCGAUAAUGUACCGCCGCUCCACAUUGAAGGUGAUUAAAAGAUUUUUGACUCUUUUUUUUGUAUUUUUUUAAAAAAUGUUGAGAAUAUUUUUAAAUUUGUUUUAUAUCUAUGUUUUCUUUAAUGUAACGCUCUAAACAAUAAUGUUUACACAUUAUUUGUAAGUAAAAUAAACAACUUUCCUGACUUUAUUUAUAGUUAAAUGUCUAUUUUUUUUUGUAUAUAAAUAGAUACAAAGCAAAUGCGUUAUCUUGUCAGUAUUGUUAAUAAUAAGAAUUACUUGAUUAAAAAUUUACUUCAUUUA